CAACACGUUAUCAACACUUUUGCUCUGAACCUAAAUAUAUUUUUUACGCCUCCAUUCUCCUUUCCCCAUAGUUGCCGAUCAUUGAAUUCUUUGGCUUGUAGAAAGAGAGUUGCUCAACGGAACUUGUCUUUUGCUUCGAAUCAAUAAAGCAGCAAAGGAGCAAAUCCUCCUGGACCUCCCUGGACAGCCCCUACUGGACAGAAUCCCGCCACAGGCAGCCUCCAUACUCUGUUAAGGCUACUGUGCAAAUCAACCCAGGCAAUCUUCUACAUCUGAAUUUUUGAGAUGACUGAUCCAACUCGACCCGAGUUUGACAUCCUGGACUCAGAAGGACUUGAGUACCAUCGCUGGGUUUCUGACAUAGAAACCACUUUUGUGGCUAAAGACUAUUCCGCCACGCUUGCCGACCCUGAAAGUUUAAAAGAUAAUGCACCGUCUGAAAAAAUAAAGGCUCCUGCGUUAAUGUUCCUUAGACACCAUAUUGACCCUAGCUUACGUUGGGAAUACUUACAAUUGAAAACCCCCAAAGAACUGUGGGACGCACUAAAAGGUCGUUUUGGGAACAUACAUGACACAUUGCUCCCCGAACUGACAGUGCAAUGGAAUGAAAUCCGCUUAGUCGACUUCAAAAAGAUCAACGAUUUUAAUAAGGACAUGUUACGCCUCAAAGCGCGCCUUAAUUUCUGUGGUAAACCAAUCACAGAAGAUGAAAUGAUUGAUAAGACCCUCUCCACUUUCCCUACCUCAGCACUUAUACUAGCGAACCAGUAUAGGUUGGAGCAUAAUAACAAAAGAAUAACCACAUUUAAUCAGUUAAUUAAUUUGCUCCAAGUUGCUGAAAGACAAAAUCAAGUUCUCUUGAAUAACAAUGCCAGACCAGUUGGGACAAAGAAAAUUCCCGAGGUCAACUAUGGCAAAGCAAACACUGGAAAGCACCCUAGUGGAAGAGGAGAGGGUCGUACUCGUGGAAGGGGGCGCAACAAUCGCGGCGGGCGUGGAGGCCGAGGUACGGGCCGUGGAGGAUUUUCCAAAGUGUGGAAGAAAGAUACAAGCGGUGGGACCAGUGGUCAAACUAACAAGGCCCAUAAUGCACCAUCAAAACCUCCAGUCAAACGAGACCGAGUUGGGGAAGAACCAUGCUACAGAUGCGGAGUUUCAGGUCAUUGGUAUAAGAAUUGCCAAGCCAGUAAUAGAGUUGCUGCUGCCUACAAGAAAUACAGAGAAUCAAAGGAGCAUGAAUCUCAGUUUGUGACAGACGAAGAAAAUGAGGUUGAUGUAAACCUCACAGUGGCGGAUUUUGGUGUUAAAAAUAACACCACCCAUUCGGUCGAUGCACCGGACUUUGAUUAAAUUUCCCCUAUCCCACCAGAUAAUUUAA